AUGGCGGCCUUCCGCGCGGGGAUUCGGUGGGCAGACAUGUCUACUGAGUCCUUUAGCAGGAGCAAAACACUCCCUGGGAGCACUGCACAGGCAGCACUAUUGCUACAAGCAGAGCAAGCAGACCAGUCAUAUGCACCAGACGCGGCUGCUGCUCUCCCGGAGUUCGAAAAUAGCCAGGCAGGGAUGAAUCAGUAUUUCCUGGAGGCCGCAGCUCUGGGUGCAGAUGAUUCAAGCAAAAACGGAACUGUCGCUUGCCAUGGUGCAGACCAUGUGCCGGCUGCAUGUCCCUCGGACAAGCCCGCUUCAAGCAAAGCGAGUCCCGAUGAGGACGCGCCCGCUGAAAAGAUGCCUGGGUUCAGGGGGCUACUCGUGAGCGCUCCAAACGAGGGGACCAGUGCGAGUGGCAGUGAGAAUAUUUCAUGUCCUGGCAGACGAGAGGGAAACGUGGCCAGUGAAUUGCUCAAGUCAGCGACGCUAACACCAGCCAAGAGGAAUAGGAGGACUUCAGGAGCACCUGACGGAGGUACGAGCGCAGUUAUUCAAAGCUCGGAGGCUCCCGCGCAAGAUGGAUCUGCCCCGGCUCCUCAGGAAGGGACAGCUAACCGCGUUCCUCAGAGCAAGAGACGCAAGUCCACUUACGGUCGCCGAUCUGCAGAUUGUGCGGAGCAAAGCUCCAGUUUCGACCCUGCAUUUGUUUCACAUGGGCAACGGGGGAAAAGGCGUAGCGCUAGGGGGACGGAUCGGCGCCGAUCUGGUGGGACCCGCAAGACAGUUGAGGGUCCACCAAAUACGGGGCUGUUGCUGCAGAUGGGAGCCCCGGCCUUCUUGCAGUUGCCAGGUCUUGUUUCCCCCAUGUUCAUGCCGGUUGGACUGCCGCCAGGGACAGCCGCUCCGUUACCCGGCUUACUGCAUCCACAGGCGGUCCAGAAGCAACAGGCAAUGGCCAACAGCAGCAAGGAAAAGCAGGAGAAAGAAGAUGAAGAAGAAUGGCAUCGGCGUGAGUGCGCAAGGAUGAAGGAUAUAGCUAUCGGGAAGGCGACUGCUGGCUACCGCAACUUCCUGAAGCAAGUGGGGACGGAGCGCCGAUCAGAGGGAGAUCCGAUGACCCCAGAUGCUAAGUUGCGAUGCAGCAAAGCUCAGUUCCAACGUGCAUAUCAAAAAUGGAGAAAGCAGCUCCACCAAUAUGACGCGGUUGGGGAUGAGUCUUCGACUGGCACACCGUCCCCAUGCGAGGCGCAAAGCGCAGCUUCGUCUAUGGCGAAAGCAGAAAACGACCCCGAUACAUCGCCUAGUGGCAUAUCUGAUCAGCAGGGUCUGGAAGCGAUUUUGGCUUUCAACAAGGAGUGUGAACGGGCAGGACUGUAG